GUUCACGUAUCGUGGACGGUUUAUUUCAAUCGGUUGCAACUCGAAAUGGUACGCUAUAUUAAAUUAAUGACUUGUAUGUUGCUGUAUGAACUUAUGCAAACCGCAUGAGAAUAGCCGGUUUUAGUGUACUCAAUCUGGGUGAACUGAAUCCUGGUACUCAGCUUGUUUACAUGGUAGCCAUGUAUAUUAGCGUGUAUCCAGUGGCCAUCUCUAUGCGAAACAGUAAUGUGUAUCAGGUAAAAGGAAGCACAAUCAUAGCAACAGCAAAGGAAGUGUUUGACUGAAAGAAUUAUAGGAAAGAGCCCUAGGCAUCUAUCGCGGAAAUGACGAAGAUGCAGAUGAUACUACCACUAUGAACCGAUAUCGUCCCAACUCAUAUUUUGAUGAUGCGGCUUCCGGUCGCCUUUCCAUGAUCCGAUUGAAACGGCUACCGACGAUAUCGAGCGUAAUGACCACUGGACGCAAAGUAUUGAAACGACCGGAUUUUUUCGUCAUGACCCAGAUUCAGAGGCAACUUACCAGUGAAAUCUGCUGGUUACUCGUGUCAAUAUUUGCCAUUUGCGUAAUUGAGGCCGAUGCCAUCAUGUCAUCCGGUUCUCCCAUCACCACGGCAUCGGUGAUCUAUGAGUGUGUUUCCGCUUUUGGCAACGUCGGCGCUUCUUUAGGUUAUCCGGACAGUUCACUGUCCCAAGUAGGGCACUACCACAAAUUCAGCAAGUUUGUCGUGAUUCUCCUGAUGUACCGUGGUCGCCAUCGAGGUUGGUUUAAAGAUUUGACACUAGUUGUUUUUUUUCCCACACAUUUGGAUUCAUCGUAUGUACAACCUUGUUUAGGUUUACCUGCGGCUAUCGAUCGCGCAGUCCUGCUGCCUUCUGAGCAACUGGAACAGAAAGAAGUGCAUGAUAACAUUUUCCGACGUCGCAACACUAUGGCAUCGACCAGUCCCAGCGUAAUGUUUUACGAUAAAUCACGUUUCUAAACGACAUCUUUAAUGCAUAUGUAAAUAAUAAAAAGACAGCAUGCUCUUCUUCAAAUUUAGGUUAUAUCGCGUUUCCAACGAAUGUUAGAUCAAGGCGAAAGCGUAGAGAAAAAUCAUCUGAGUUGCACUAAAGCAUGCAAACCGCGUUUUUCAAGGUGAGGAGGAGAAAAUCCAGAACCUUGAAUGUUUUUUUGAGUUACGGAGAUUCUGGAACCUGUAAAGUGAUUGCUUCUCAAUAUGAACAAACAAGGACGCUGUUGCCGCAGUAACCAGUCAUUGGCAAGAAACUCAGUCCUUGGUGCUGCACACUUUUUUUUUCAGUUUAUGGUUUCGGCCGUUGGGUUCAAAUCAGGUGAAGAUCACAAGGGAGGAUAAUAUGCAUGAAAUGGUGCUGUAGGGUGAAAACUUUUAUUAUGGUGCUGUGACUGUGGCGCUUUGGCAAACCUACGACAAAUAGGGAGG